AUGUCACUGGAAGAGAAAUACAUAAUAAUUACGGAGGACGAGGAAGAUGAGGAGGAGGAGGAAGACAUCCAGGAGGCAGCGACCUCAGUUGUUGGUAGAGUGAUCAAAGAUGCCGUGGACCAAAUCGUAGCCCAGCAGAAGGAAGAGGCAGGUGCCCAAUACAAAAUGCGAAAUAUUACUUGGAUGAGGUGCACAGAUUUCUCCAUCGGAAGAGGUCUGUUGCAGAUUGAGGACUAUAUGAAAACAUGGGAACUUCACGAAAGUUGGUUACACUGGAGCAACUAUCUCAACAAACAGGAACUCCAGUAUAGCACCCGGUAUUAUUACCGAGUCCGCUGGAGCAUCCCGACAUGCAGGAAGCCCAUCCCGCGAGCCACAGCUUGUGUCUAUUUCGUCAUUGAGAUUUCCAAAAUCAAACCCAAAACGCUGCCGAUUGAAGUAUUCUUUGUGGUGGAAACCAAUAAGCUCGUUCACAGGCCAGGAAAAACUCGCUUCAAGGAGAAGUGGCUCAAAGAUAUAAUUGAAAGUAAGAUUGUCAUGAUGGAGACUGUGGAUUUUUAG